AUGGAGAAAGAUAAUGACAUCAUGGAUCCGUUCCUGGCUUCGACGGAGGAACUUGACCCGACAACACAGAAGGCAUUGAUGGAAUAUCUGGGAGUCGGAAGCAGAGCAUCUUCUCUUGUCUCUUUCUCCUCAACCGCCGUCGAUAUCCCGCCGAUCUCCGGCGUCGGAGACUUCGUCAGAGAGUUUAGAACCGAGUCCAAGAAGCUAUGGAAAUUAGCCGGCCCGGCCAUUUUCACAUCCAUAGCUCAAUUCUCUCUCGGAGCCGUCACUCAGGUUUUCGCCGGACACAUUAGCACCAUCGCCCUCGCCGCUGUCUCCGUCGAGAACUCCGUUAUUGCCGGUUUCUCCUUCGGUAUCAUGCUUGGAAUGGGAAGCGCGUUGGAAACGCUGUGCGGACAAGCGUUUGGAGCUGGAAAAGUAUCACUGCUUGGCGUUUACUUACAACGCUCGUGGGUGAUUCUAAGCGUAACCGCUCUCAUCCUUUCUCUAAUCUACAUUUUCGCGGCUCCACUCCUCAUCUUCAUAGGCCAAACCGCUUCAAUAUCAGCCACAGCAGGCCUUUUCUCCAUCUACAUGAUCCCACAAAUCUUUGCCUACGCGAUCAAUUUCCCUAGCGCAAAGUUUUUGCAGUCGCAAAGCAAGAUCAUGGUCAUGGCAGGGAUCUCUGGUGUGGCUCUUGUGAUCCAUACGUUCCUCACGUGGCUAGUCAUGCUAAAGUUCCACUGGGGACUUCCCGGUUUAGCUUUGGUGCUUAACACGUCGUGGGUCUUCAUCGUUGGGGCACAACUUGUGUAUAUUUUUAGCGGUACGUGUGGAGAGGCUUGGUCUGGACUCACAUGGGAGGCUUUUCACAAUUUGUGGGGUUUUGUCAAAUUGUCUUUGGCUUCUGCUGUCAUGAUUUGCUUGGAUGUUUGGUAUUUUAUGGCACUCGUAUUAUUUGCUGGAUAUUUGAAGGAUGCUGAAGUCUCCGUAGCGGCACUCUCCAUAUGCAUGAACAUUUUGGGAUGGGCAGCUAUGGUUUCAUUUGGGAUAAACGCAGCAGUAAGUGUGAGAGUGUCAAAUGAGCUAGGAGCUAGCCACCCAAGAACGGCCAAGUUCUCUCUAGUAGUGGCGACAAUACUAUCGACAGCGAUAGGGAUGGUUAUCGCGGCGGUUCUAAUCCUCUUCAAAGACGAGUACCCAAUUUUGUUUGUGGAAGAUGAAGUAGUUAGGGAUGUGGUUAGAGAACUCACACCAAUGCUUGCGUUUUGCACCGUCCUCAACACUGUUCAGCCUGUCUUGGCUGGAGUGGCAGUUGGAGCGGGAUGGCAAGCAGCAGUUGCCUAUGUGAACAUAGGUUGCUAUUACUUGUUCGGAGUCCCACUUGGUCUAUUUUUGGGAUUUAAGCUUGAUUAUGGAGUAAUGGGGAUCUGGUCGGGGAUGAUGGUGGGAACUUUUGCACAAUCGGUAAUUUUGACUUGGAUGAUCUUCACAACCAAUUGGAACAAAGAGGCUGCAUUGGCAGAGGAGAGGAUAAGAGAAUGGGGAGGAAUAGAGAAAGAGAACCUUUUAACCUAA